ACCACACCUGAGCUUUAACUGCUUUCAACUGUCAUGAGAAGUAAAGCGUGGGUAUCUCUCAGAUUAAGUGGAUUUAUCACAGGAGAUAGCUUCACCUCAAUAACAUAAGUAACCUUGUCAUUGUGUUCAGAAGAAUAGCAUGAUAAAAACAAGAAUGUUCUCUUCUGGUCUGAGUGCAAUUGUUAUCAACUGGUUUUCCAUCAUGUGGUUCACUUUGGCAGUUGCCACUAGAGGUAUGGAUCUGAAGACAACCCCUGACACAGAGGCCCAUUGUGGGGACAAUGUAACAUUAACGUGCAAUGCCACCUCCACCAUGUUAUUGGAUGUUAAAUCAUUUCACUGGAUUGGUCAAAACAAAACAUUAUGUGGCACUGAGGUCUCCCACAAGUACCCUGCAGUUGUGUGUUCUAACGAAACAUGGAGAUCCCACAAUCACCUCAAUAUGAAAAUUGUCAACAUCAUGCUUAACCACCAAGGGAAGUACCUUUGUAAAUUUCGCUCACAAGUAGGGGUCUAUGAAAGGCCCACGUUCGUCACUGUAAAAGACUGCUUCGGAAAUCAAGACUACACCAUCAAUGAGUCUAUUGCAGAGUGUUGGUUCUAUGGAGGUUUCAGCAAUGGUGAAAUCCACUGGUUCAAGGGAGCUGACAAGUUAACGGACACAAAAAGCAUAAAGCAGAUUGAUGACCAUAACGGCCGCUACAAUUUCACAAGUAUUCUAAAAUCACCGGAAGAAAACCAAAAUUACAGCUGCUCAUUAUGGAUACCUGAGCUCAAGGAAUAUGUCUACAAUCAAAGUGUAGUCAUGAUUAAAGAUUUAACUAGCUCAUCCGGGAGAAAUUUUCAGUGGAUCUAUAUGUUAUAUCCAAUAUUGGUGAUACAGUAUUUGAUUUUUUGUGAUACGUGCAAGUUUGAUUUUUUUCAGUGAGGUUAACGUACAGUAUUUUUCCAAACGUGUGUUAUAAAUGACCGGGAUUUUGUUGUUGUUGUUUUCUGUUUGAAAUAUGUAGCUCUUCAAUGCUAGUUUUCUCUCGAUGGCCUGGUUCUUUUUCAGAGGGGCAUGAAUAUUUUGUUGAUGAGGGCACAAUUUGAUCUUAAGUGGACCUGACCAGUGAGUAAAGAAAUGAAAAAUAAACAGUUUUUUUUUUUUUUUUUCAUUUUUGAGGUGCAAAAAAGCAUGACUUGAUUUGAAAACUAUGCAACAAAUGUGUGAAAGAGAAAAGGUGAGAGUGUUUAUAAACUCACAGACACUCGAAGGCGAAGGACGCAUUUUCCUGAGCUCCGCUAUCUGUCUCUGAUAACUCAGGCAC